ACGUAACCUACAAAAUGAUAAUGUUGCAGUAUAUAUACAUAUACUUUAAAUAUACGUGCAUCAUAUGCAUAUAUUUAUAUUUUAUUUUGAAAAGUAUAUUUUUUGGUCGAUUAAGAACAUAUUCGCAUACAAGGGCAGGAUCAAUUCGUUAUCGUACUUGAUAAGAUGACGAAAUAUGUUUGGACAUAUCUAAUACAAAAUCAAAUGUCAUUAAUAAAUAUCAAAAAAAAAUAUGACCUAAAAUUUUAAUGAGAUUUGUAAAUGAAAAAAAUGUUGCGUAUAAUUAUAAAAAGCAUCGAUAGGUGUCUAUAGUAUCGUUGCGAAUUUAAUGCCCUCUGCAUCAUACAAUGGUAUGACGUAUAGAUAAAACGAUACUUCUAAAAUGAGUAGCAGCAUGUGGAAUUCAGUCAGUAGUAGAAGAAAAUGGCAACUCACGAGGAUAUUGGCAUUGGAGAUUUUGUCCUACUGGAUGAGAUCAACAUCGAGAAGGUCGUGGAAAACUUGAAAGUUAGAUUUAAAGGUGGAAAAAUAUAUACCUAUAUUGGAGAAGUGUGUGUAAGUGUUAAUCCUUAUAAAAAUACAAAUAACUAUGAUGCGAACCAUAUUAAUAAAUAUAAAGGAAGAGAAUUAUUUGAAAAUCCACCACAUGUAUUUGCUAUUGCGGAUGCAGCACAUCGUGAAAUGAAGCAACAAGGUCGGGACACAUGUAUUGUGAUAAGCGGUGAAUCAGGAUCAGGAAAGACAGAAGCUAGCAAAAUUAUUAUGAAAUAUAUUGCCGCUGUUACUAAUUUAAGCGGACAACAGGAAAUCGAAAGAGUAAAGAACGUACUUAUACAAUCAAAUUCAAUAUUAGAAGCAUUUGGAAAUGCUAAAACAAAUAGAAAUGACAAUUCGUCUCGUUUUGGAAAAUAUAUGGACAUUAAUUUUGAUUUCAAAGGGGAUCCAAUUGGUGGACACAUAACUAAUUAUUUACUUGAAAAAUCACGAGUAGUCUAUCAACAAAAAGGAGAACGUAAUUUUCAUUGUUUUUAUCAGCUAAUUAAUGGUUGUAGCGAAGCUGACUUGCAUCAAAUGAAAUUAGUGCGUGAUGCUAGUGCUUAUUAUUAUAUCAAUAAAGAUGAUAAUAAAUCAAAUAUAAAUGAUAAGGGUGACUAUAAGACUGUUAACGGGGCCAUGUCUACUUUAGGAUUUUCACAAAAAGAAAUCAAAACAAUUUGGAAUAUUAUCUCUGGUAUUUUACAUCUGGGUAAUAUUAUGUAUAAAAUAAAUGAAGACAAACUAAUCGUUGAGAAAAGUAAUGCUUUAACUAAUACAGCAGAUUUAUUUUCUAUUGGUUCAAAUGAAUUAAGAACUGCUUUAUCUCAAAGAGUGAUAGCAGCUGGAGGAGAAAUAAUGCAAAAGACGCAUACUUUAACGGAAGCUGAAUAUGGUAGGGAUGCUUUGGCAAAGGCAAUAUAUGAAAGGUUAUUUACAUGGAUCGUAUCACGUGUUAAUGAUUCCAUUAAUGUAAAUGACAAUAACUUGUCAAGUAGAUAUCAAACAGUCAUCGGUGUCUUAGAUAUUUAUGGAUUUGAAAUCUUUGAUGUGAACAGCUUUGAACAAUUUUGUAUAAAUUACUGCAAUGAAAAAUUACAACAACUUUUUAUCGAAUUGGUUUUAAAACAAGAACAAGAAGAGUAUAAGAGGGAAGGAAUUGCAUGGCAAAAUAUUGAAUAUUUUAAUAAUCAAAUAAUUUGUGAUUUAGUGGAACUAUCUCAUAAAGGUAUAUUAGCAAUCAUGGAUGAAGCAUGCCUCAACGUAGGCAAAGUAACGGAUGAGAUGCUUCUCGAAGCUAUGGAUACAAAAUUAGCAGAUCAUCAACAUUAUUCUUCUCGACAAUUAAAACCAAUGGAUAAAGAAUUACAACAUAGAAUUCAUUUUAAAAUUAAACAUUAUGCCGGUGAUGUAGUAUAUAACAUUAAUGGUUUUUUGGAUAAAAACAAGGACACUCUAUUUCAAGACUUUAAACGUUUACUUUAUAAAAGCAAUGAUUCUAUAAUCAGUAAUAUGUGGCCAGAAGGUGCUCAAGAUAUUACAAAAACCACGAAGAGGCCAUUGACCGCUGGUACAUUAUUUCGUAAUUCUAUGAUCGCAUUGGUUAAAAAUUUAACUAGCAAAGAACCAUUUUACAUUCGGUGCAUAAAACCUAAUGAAAUUAAAUCUCCUAUCGUUUUUGAUGAAGAAAGAGUUAACCAUCAAGUAAGAUAUUUGGGACUCGUUGAAAAUAUAUUAGUUAGGAGAGCUGGAUUUGCUCAUAGACAAAAAUAUGACAGAUUUUUGAAAAGAUACAAGAUGAUAUCACAAUAUACUUGGCCUAACUUUAGAGGCGGUAAUGAUAAAGAUGGAGUUCGUACGUUGAUGGAUGAAAAAGGUUUUUCAGAUGACGUUAAAUACGGUCAUACUAAAAUAUUUAUACGCUCACCUCAAACGUUAUUUGCAUUAGAAAAGGCACGUGAAGAUUUGAUACCAGGAAUUGUAAUAUUAUUACAAAAACAAUGGCGCGGUUACUUGUGUCGACAAAAAUACAAAAAGAUGAAAGCUGCAUUAUUUAUUAUAAGAUAUUAUCGUCAAUACAAGAGAUAUUUUUAUAUGAAAGCGUUGGAAAAGACUUUUAUUAAUGUUAAAUCUAUGCGCGACCAUGGUAAACAUUUAACAUGGCCAAAAGAGAAUUAUGCUGUUCGUCAUGUUGUACCCUCGUUAAAAAUGAUAUUUGCAAGAUGGCGUGCUUGGAUGGUGCUUAAAGUUGUUCCUAGAGAAGAUUGGCCACAAUUACGAUUAAAAAUGGCUGCAGGAGCUGUAUUACGUUCCAAAAGACUUUAUUGGGGUCAGGAUAGACGUUGGGAAGGAAAUUAUUUAUCUAAACCAGAUGAGAAUCCUCACAAUGAUGUUUUCAUUUCUUCGAUAAAUAAUCUUCGAAAUACAGAUCAUUUUAAGACUGUUCUAUUCAGUUCAUUCGUCAGAAAAACUAAUAGAUUUCACAAACAGGCUGAUCGUGUUUUGGUAGUAACAGAACAUGCUUUGUACAAAUUAGAAAGUGUUAAAUUUAAGACAAUGAAAAAAGGUAUACCUAUUGCUGAAAUAACUGGCUUAAGUGUAUCACCUGGAAAGGAUCAACUUAUAAUCAUUCAUUCUAAUCGAGGAAAUGAUUUUAUUAUUUCAAUCACUACCAAGGAAGAUAGAGUCGGUGAACUAGUUGGUAUAUUAAGUACUAGAUAUAAUCAAUUACGUGGUACUGAAUUACAAGUUACAGUAGACGUGAAAUUUAAAUGUAUGCUGGGUAAUAAGAGUAGAGUAUUACGAGUAGAAGUAAUGCCUGAUAUAAUUGAACCGAUAUUUAAGAAAGAUGGAGAUCAAAUAAUUUAUGCCAUACCACCAUCCAUUGGUAUAAUCGAUCCUAAUUCUAGACAAGAAAUCAGAACAGUUAGUUAAGUAUAAUUUACGGUGAGAUAUAUAGAUUUUAAAUUAUUUUAUAAGAAUAUCCAUUUUAUAUAUGCAUGUGCUAUUAUAUUAUAAUUAGUAAU